AUGCGAUGGGGCUGGAAGGUUGACGGCCUUCCGCGGCUUGUCCCUCGCAGCAGGCGACGGCGCGAGUUGCUUCGGCUGUGGCGUUUCUGUGCGGAGAAAAAGCCUCCUUCUCUUCUUCCGCUUGCUGUGGCGCUCGUUCGUCUGUGCCCCUCUGCGCUGCGGUCUGAGGAACUCUGCGUCUAUCGGCGCUUUGAAAGGCUAUUCUAUCACCUGCAUGUGCAUCUUACUCGCGUCUGCGCGAAGCACAGUGCCGGCGCGUCUUCUUCCACGCGAGGCCGCGGCCGCCAGGCAACGACAAAAGGGGACUUUUCCUCCCUGGGCGCCCUCCUCUCCGCGCGCGCUCGUGUGACGCCGUGCGUCGACUCGCUCCUGGAGGCUUUAUUUGAAGCGAAGCAGUCUCAGAGGCCCGAUCGGCCUCCGUCGCCCGCUGCCGCCCUGCUGGCUGGUGGGGGCGGACGCCCGGAGACGCGCCGCAGCGCCGCGGGCUCGGUCGCGCCCUCGCUUGUCUCUUGCCAACGAGUGCGAGCCGGAAGCGAAGACGGAGCGGGUGAAGGCCUCGAAAUUUUGGAGAGCCGUCCCGCAGCGAGCAUCGGGCGCGCACACGGAGGAGGGCAGUUGCGCGCGCACCUUUUCUCGCUCUUUGACCUCCUUCAGCGCCGGAUGCCAGCCUUCUCCCGCCUCCACCGCAUGCGCCUCCGGCGCCGCUUGCGGAAGACUGGCGCGCUGCUAACGCGCGCGCUGCAGCAGGCGCCUGAGGCUCGCGGCAGCCGCGGAAGAGUCUUGAGGCAGGGCUCUGCCGAGGGCGGGCGGCGAGAGGCGCUCUACGGAGUGGCGGGCGACUGGCGACAGGACGCAGGUGGGAUCGAAAACGAAGGACAGCCUCGCUGGCAAGAGGCGAUACCGGCCGCCGCGCCACGCCGAAGCCUGACGGAAGGAGAGCGGGGUGAUGACAACCGCCCCGCGCAUAGAGCGGAGACAGACGGCGGAGAAGGCAAAGAAGAUCAGACCGAGCGAGGCGCAGACGCGAGCGCCGCUGGGAGCCCGCAGGGCUGCAGGAGGGAGCUCGGCAACGGGCUUGAAGGCGCGGCGGAGAGCGGAGGCGAAGGCGACGAAACGCCGCCUCAGUCUGCGAACCCGCUCCGCGGACAGCAGCCCCCUUCGCGGGGCUUCAACGUCUCGCCGUUCUGGAGCUCACACGGGCUCGCCUUCGUUCCCCCUGAGCUGCGGAUUCAGCGUCGCGCCUGCAACCUCCUCCGGGCGCUGCGGCGCGCGGAUUCGCCACGCGUCGCCUCGCAGCUGAUUGCGCGCCUCCUGAAGCUUCCAGUCGUCGCGUCGGCUCGAGAGGCGCCUCGCGCUGCCUCUGCAGCUGCGGCUUCCUCCCCUCCCCGGGUGCCUCUCGCAGUUGUGAGCGCGCGAGGAGGGAAGGGCAGCGCGCGCGCGCGGCGUGGAAGCGAAGACGGGCGACCAGACGCGGAGUUCGCGCAGGCCGUUUUCGGGGCGCUGUACAUGCGAGCCUUGGCAGACACUCAACGCCUGGGCGCGUGGGCCGCGAGCCGGCGCCUGUGGCAAGAGACGCUGCGACUGGCCGCUUCCGCGAGGCAGCGCGAGCGCUUCUGGAGAGAGACUGUCUCCCUGAUGGGCUCCACUGAGGCCCUGUUGGCAGGCGUCGUGGGGGGCUGUCGCGCGCUCGCGCACUGCGUAGGGAGGCGAGGCUCGCGAGCCGCGGAGAAGGCGAACUGCGAGCGAGAGGCGGACGCGCCGGAGUCCUGUCUCGCGCUCUUGAGUUACUUCGCUUCGCUGUUUGGUCCGCGCGUCGUCGUUUCGACGCCUUCAAGAACCGAAGCAGACGCGCGGGAGAACGCAGAAGAGACGCGCGACCACCGCGAGCGCCGAGGGGAGAGAGAGACGAGGCAGGGCAAUCACGCCAGGGAUGGCAAGCUCGAGGUUCCACCGAGAGACGCGUGCGAGGCGAGAGAGAGGAAGAGGGGCGGCGGCCAGGAGACAAGCCAGGCGAAGCACGCGGCGGCGUUUGCGCGCGAGAUCGCGCGAGCCAGGUCUCUCAUCGUCGCGUCCAUCCUGGAGGCACACCUGAGGCGCGGCGACGCGCACAGGGCGACUCUGCGCGGCUUGGAGUUCCUCGAAGAGAGAGGAAUUUUGCCGCGACACGCUGCCGAUGGACCCAGCUCUAUGUCCCCCGCCGCGUUGCUCUUGGAAGACGCACAGGCCGUGGAGAAGCUGCUGCAGGCGUUCGCCCUGGCGGGCAGGGCGCGCGAGGCGCUCGCCCUCCUCCGCCUCACUCUGCCGCAGCUGACCGCCGCGCUGCGGGGAGCGUGGAAGAAUGCAUUCCUAUUCGGCCGCGGAGAAGAAGAGGGUUUUGAACAGGAGGCCCUGGCGACGAGCGGAGGCUCAGCGGCAGAGGCCACAGACGCGCGACGCAGCGUUGAAGAACCUGAGGAAGGAGCGCGUAGGGGAGAGGAGGAAGCUCGCGGCGACACGCGGGAGGCAGAAGGCGACCGCGCAGCGCAGAGAGCCCUGGGAGAUGAAGCGUGCAACGCAGGCGAAGAUGCAGAUGCCGCCGAGGCAGGAAGGAGUGAGAGGCAGGCGACAGACGCGUUUCGCGAGGACAUGGAUCGCCUGCCUGACGCGGCGCGUCUCCUCGCGCCCCUCUUCUCUUCGUCUUCUUCUGCUUCGCGCUCACUCGACGCGCGCCUGCGUCAGGAGCUUGCGCGCACUGCGCCGGCCGCAGCGUUUUCGAGUCCCUCCGGUGCGUUGCCGUGGCUCGGCUGUGCGGCGUUCAAGUCGGCGGCUUCCUCGCAGCCUCUCCCCGGGCCGCUUCUGCUGCUAAUCGAAUGCCAGCAAGCCCUCCGGCGAGCGACGCAGCGCGUCUUGGAGGCGACCGAAGCCGCGGCAAUUGCGCAUAAAGCGCGAGAGGACCGAACAGGAGCAGGGGCUUCCCCGGGCUGCCGCGAACGAGACGACAGCGAAGGACACGAAACAGAAGGAGACAAAGACGAAGGACACGCAACUGAAGGAGACGGCGACAGAGGAGAUGGAGAGAGUGAAGCUACGAGGGAAACAGAGAGGGAGAUCGCGGGUGGAGAGGCGCUGGAAGAGACGAAGGAAGAGGGUCAGGCAGAGGUGACGAGAGCAGGCGAACGCGAAGUUUCGGCUGACGUCCUUUCUCUUGUGCGGCUGACGCGGGAGACUCUUCAGUGCCUGUUGGGACGAGAGGGUGGAGUUCGUUCAGCGUGCGAAGGAAUUCGUGCGGCGGCUGAAGGAGGAGAGGCCGCCGCGCAGAAGGCGCAGGGAAGAGUCCAGUCGUCGUACGGAGCAGGCGGCGGAGCGUCCGCGGAAGACAAGACGACGUGCAGCCCUGGACGUCGAGCAGAGCACGAAUUCGAGCCGGCAGAGAGUCGAGACGCCCCAGCGACAGGAGGCGCGAAGAGCAAAGAGGAACGGGAGCAGCAGAGAAGCGCAGAAAAAAGUGCAUCGGGCACGCCAGAAACUGCCGCGCGCUCGCGGCCACAGGGGCGAGAGACGCGCCUUGGAGAAGACUUGAAGCUCGAAAUGGAAGAAAUUUUGGGCGUUUUGCCCGAUGCUGAUUUCGUCACGCAAGGCCUCGUCGUGAGCAUCCUCGAAGGCGCGGGACUGACGGCCGAGGCGCUCAAAGCUCUCGACUCCUUCGCCUCCGCUGCUGCAGCGGACAGCCAGGCGGGCGCCUCGGCGGGAGACGCGCCGCCCAAUCGAGCCGAGACAGCAGCGGCAGCGCCAGACAGCGCCAAGAAUCGUUCAAACGAGGACUUGUGCGACUGCGGAGAGGCAGAGGAAGCUCGCGCAGAGGAGGCGAGUGCAGCGCGUGGUGAGGAAGCGACCGCUGCGCGGGGCCGCAAGGCCUUUUGGGAGUCUCAGCCCCCGAGGCCCGAGCCGGGAAGCGCCUUCACAAGGCAGCUACGCGCGCAGUGGCGCCGGCGACUCGACGCGGAGCGGAGGCACGGAGAGACUCGCGAUGCGGCGAGCGCGCGCGCGGGGCGGCUUGGAUGCCGUCGCUCGGUGGCCGCGUCCACGGCUCCGCUGCCUUUCCAGUUCACAGACUUUUGCGCGAAGCUCUGCCGAAGGCGACAGAACGCCGAGGCGGCGCUGCUGCGCGUCCUCAGGGGAAACGCGUCACCGUCACCUGAGAAGGACGUUUUGAUGCGCGCGGAAGCAGAGUGGAGGCGCGAGGAGCAACGCGGCAUGACGGCAGGCUCGCAGGCACCCGAAGAAACGCCCGCAAGCGGAGGGAGACGAGAACGAGGCUCAGCCGCCGCCGCCCUCGGGUCUCCCUGUAGCGCAGAGCUGCACCCGCGGCCGUCGGCGUCCUCUGCGUCUUGUCGGCCGGACUGGGCGAGCGCGGCUGCGGCGCGCGAGCGCGAGGCGCUGCGGCAGGCGUUGGUGGAAGCUCUGGAGCGGCGGCAGCGGCGACAAAAGUGGCGCCGCGACCUCUUGCUCUCUAGCAGAGUGCGGACGCGCAUGCGCUGGGCGGGCGCUCUCAACACCCCCUCUUCGCUGCCUCCGCCUUCCUCGUCGUCAUCCCUCUCCUCCCCUCCCUCCCCUCCCUCCCCUCCCUCCUCUCCGUCGUCUCCCUCCUCUCCGUCGUCUCUCUCUUCGUUUGCGUCGGCGCUGUCCUGCGUCGAGCGCGCGUGGCUCCGCGAGGGCCUCGUGGGUCCGCUGGAGGCGGUCGGGGGCCUCGUGACCCGCGCGCGGGCCGCGCGCGACUUCCCGCGCGUCGUCGCACUCUUCUGGGCUCUGUUUGCGCAGCGGGCGAGGCGCGAGAGGCCGCGAUUCCCUCCGCGAAGGGCUCGCCCCAGGGGCGGAGCCGAAGGAGAGACAGCAGAGGGGGCGGAGAGGCGCGCGGCGACAGAGGGACGCUCAAACGGAGAGCCGGGCGCCGACCGCGAGGCGCCGCGUGCCGCUGCGGAGGCGGCGGAGGCGGCGGAGGCGGCAGAGGCGAAGGCCGGCGCAGGACGCGAAGCACGUCUCGCGCGCGAGGAGACGGAGAGCCCGGAGGGACGUGGGGGAGGCGACGCGACGUUGGAAGACCUCGCGUUUCAUCGCGCAGUCCACGCGGCCAUGGAGGCGUACGAAGCGCUUGGCUUGACAGAUCUCGCGCAGGACGUGGCGGCGCUUGUGCUUCGGCGCGGGGCUGUGUCGCCUGCCGAGGCCGAGGCGCAGCUAGGGAGAGAGACGGCGGCGCAGGGGCCGCGCAGAGCAAAUGAGACAGAACGUCUGCGCGAGUCAAGCCAAGGCGAAGCACCGCUGCCGCCAGCGGGGAGCGCGACCCUCUCGCUCGCUGCGCCGUCUCUCCUGCACGUCGCCUGUCCUCUCUGCAUGCCGCCUUCAUCGUCUGCGGACGCGCUGCCGCAAGUCACAAUCGACGACUGCAACGCGUUUCUCGCAUUCCUCUGUUGCCGCAUGCGCCAUCUCUGCCUCGCCGGCCUCACGCCGGUUUCCGCGCACUCUUUGCAGCGGGACAGUCCGCCGCGCGAGGGUCUUUCUUCGAGUCCUUCACUCGCUUCGCCUGCAGAGGGGGGAGGCGGCUCCACAGACGCAGCCGCGACAGACGAAGGAAGCCUGGCAGACUCGGCGAGGGGAGAGAGAGAAGAAGCAGACGCGAGCGUGGAGGAAUUACGAGGCCUCGCUGAGGAGCUCGUCAAGCGCAUGCUGCACGACAAGACUUGGCCUGAUCCCGACGAGCGGACCCUUUGCGCGCUUGUGCGUCUCGCCUGCCUCUCGGGGGACGCGCCUUCGCUUCUGGACCUCCUGCGCGCCCAGACGCGUCUUCGGUUCUCCCUCUCUCGCCUCGACGCAGAGGCCGCCCUCGGCUCGACGGCGCUGCGCCGCCUGUGGGCGCUGCGUUCUUCUGAAGGUGAAAGGGCGUCUGCCGUCGCGAGCGGAGACGCCUCAGCGUCUGGGCGCUCGUCUGCGCCGCCUCAGUCGCGUGGAGACUCAGGUCGGAUGCUGGCGGCGCUCAAGAGCUUCCUGCUGCGGGGGGACGGCCGAGACAGAAGAAAAGACAUGCCGAGUCGUGGCGGCAGAGGCGAAGGCAGCGUGUCGUGCGGGCUCGCGCGCCAGGUCCUCGGGGUUCUGGAGAGGCGCCUGACGAGGAGACGAGAGACGACCUUACCAGCAGAGACAGGAAGCGAGGGAGAGAGCGAGGCCGGUCGCGCGACUUUCCGCUCUCUCCUGGGAGAUCGCGUGCACUCAGAGGACCUCGCGGAGGGCGGCUGCCGGGGCUCAAGAGAACGAGAGAACCGAUUUUCGUCGCCAGGCGGCGAGGAGGAAGGCGAGGCCGAGUGUGCGACGGAGAGGGACGCAGACGGGGGGCAGAGGGGGGGAGAGGAAGGAGCUGGGCAAGCAAAAGCCGGCGCGUGGACGGGCAGAGGAGAAGAGUCCUGCGAAGAACAGGAGAGCGAAGACCUCACUGUGAAGACAGACCUUGUGGCGUGGCUCAGCGUCAAUGACUUGUGGCAGCUGCUGCCGCAAGUCGUGCGGUGGGGGUCACCCGAGUCUCCGCGCAGGAAAAGAACGAACGGACUGGCGCAGGAGGCGAAGCGAGAAAACGGAGACUCUCUCACGCGCGAAGGAGCGGGGGCAGCCGCAAACGUCGGGCUUCAAAUCGACCUGCGGCACGUCCCACCGAUGCUCGUUGAAGCUGCGUUGACCGCGAUGGAGCCUGGCCUCGAGAGAGAAAUCGAAAAACUGAAAAGCGGCGAGCUCGCCUUUCUUUUCUUCACUCCCGGCGCGUACCCGUCCCGCGUGGCGGGCGCUCGGCUCGACAACCUGCGCCGCACCGCGGAGGUCUUUUCUUUUUUCCAGCGAGUGCGGCGGCCGGCGGCCCAGAGCAGCUGCAACUCGCCGCCGCCUCUCUCCCGACUCGCGCGCUGGGCUGUCUCUCUCCGCCGCCACCCGCGCCUGCGCGACUCGCUGCUCCUGGAGCCCCUCGCCGCGACCUCGGCGCAUGCAGUCCCCGAAGCAGCGGAGAAUCUGCCGACUGAAACCCCGGUGUAG